AUGAGUACCACCCUCUCCCCGGACGAGUUCGUCUUGGAUCCGGGGUACCUCGCCUUCCAGGAGGAGCUGCGAUGCCUCAUCUUCCACACGGCCCAGACGGCUGCCCCGUCGAGAGAAGGCUCUCCCGGACUCGGGAUCCCACCGGACGGGACGUCCUUUUCGCCCGAGCAGCAGCAGGAGACGCAGGCGCAGGUCAAGGCCAUCCUGUCCACCGGCCGCCACGUCGAGUAUCUGAAGAAUUAUGUUGCUGAAGUUGCGCCCUGGCUCGACAUGUUCGACAGCAGCAGGACCUUCACCAUCCAGGUCCCGAAUCUCGCCCAACGCUGUCCCGCCCUGCUCUAUGCCAUCCUCGCCCUCUCAGCACGCCAGAUUGAGCGCAAAGAAGGCAAGCAGCACUCGUUUGACAGCCUCGAGCUCUACCAGGAAGCCAUCCGCCUGCUGAACCCUCUCCUCCAGGCCAAGGACCUGGCCAUCAUCCCCAUCUGCGUCAUCCUGUGCUGCCUCGAGAUGAUGUCCGCGAGCCCGCACGACUGGCGCAAGCACCUCGAGGGCUGCGCGGCCCUCUUCGACGCCUUUGGCGUGAACGGCUUCAGCGGCGGGAUGCUGCAGGCCGUGUUCUGGUGCUACGCGCGAAUGGAUCUCUGCGGCGCCCUCAUCUCCGACGGCACGCAGGCCACCCUCGUCAGUAUGGACAGCUGGCUCUCCCCCGGCUCGCCGCAGUUCCAGGCCGCCCACCUCUUCCGCGAGCACGCCUCCCCGGACAUGCACGCCAACUACGCCGUCUUCCUCUGCGCCCAGGUCUGCGAGCUCAUCGCCGACCGCACCCGCUUCGUCGAGCUGGGCGACCGCACCAACGGCUGCGACGCCCCUCGCUUCGAGCGCCGCUGGCUCGCCCUUUGGGACUCCCUGCAGGCCUGGGUCCGCGACCGCCCGCCCGACAUCGUCCCCGUCGAGCUCGUCGACGCCCAGCCCUUUCCGCAGAUCCUCUUCGUCCACUGGGCGGGCAUCUCCUCCAACCAGCUCUACCACACGGCCUGCAUCCUGCUGCUGGGCUGCGCGCCCGCGGGGCUCCGGCUCGACCCGGGCCACGUCGGCUCGGCCGUCUGGCACGCAAAGUGCAUCUGCGGCAUCUCGUUCACGAACCCGCACCGGGGCUGCCUGAACAACGCCAUCCAGCCGCUGUGGAUCGCGGGGAGGCUGCUGAGCCACCGGUCCGAGCACGUGCUCAUCGCCAAGCUGAUCCGGAGCAUCGAGAACAUGACGGGGUGGGCGACGUGCUGGAGGAUUUCGGACCUAGAAGUGGCCUGGGGGCAUACGGUGCCCAGAUCACCGCGGAGAGUACUGAAAUGA